GCAGCUGUGUGGCAGUCGGGUGAGGGUGGAGUUGUCGUCAGGAAGUCCUCGGCGCUCACGGUACGACCGCUCCUCCAGCCGGCGGCCCUUCGACCCGACUGACAAGUGCUACGAGUGUGGAGAGAAGGGCCACUACGCGUACGACUGCCGACGACGCGGCCGCCGCAGCGGGAGGAGCAGGUCCAGGUCUCGCUCCAGGUCUCGAGGAAGGCGUCACUCCAGGAGCAGGAGCCGAGGAGGGAGGAGGUCCGUCUCCCCACGAGGCUCUCGCUCCGCCUCCCCCAGAAGGUCCAGAUCCAACACAGCGCCACAGAGAGCCAGACCCAGGUCCAGGUCUCCCUCCAGGUCUAGAGCCAGACCCAGGUCCAGGUCCAGGUCUAGGUCAAAGUCCAGGUCCAGGUCUAAGUCGCAGUCAGGUUCCAGACCACGAGCCAGACCCAGAUCCAGGUCCGCGUCCCGAGGCCCGAGCAGGUCCGGAUCCAUGGGCCGCUCUGGAUCUCCAGCCAGGAGUCCCUCGAGCGCCGGGGAGUCGCGGCCGGGACUGACGACGACGACGACCUCGAGUUUCUGUGAAUUCUUUUAUUUUGAAAUAUUCAGUUGAUGUUGGGUAGUAGGAGUUUUUGUAUGAACACACUGUUCUCUCUUGUAUUUGAUCAUGUUUGCAGCUCAGUUUCGUUCCUGUUAAACAAUAAAGAUUUAUACAACAUG